CAACCUUCAAGGUUGACAUCCCGAGGCUUACUUAUACCAGGUCUUGGCACAAUCGGAGCUGAUCAAUGGCGUAUAAUUCACCGGGUGUCAUCUCAUUAGAUCAGUGCAACUGCAGCUGACAUUUUUCUAGCUGAGCGUACUUCUACAUAGCCUUAACCCUUGUCUUUUCUUACUCCUGGCUAUUCUAUAAUACUAACAAAUGCGCCUCAUACUAAGAUAUACUAAGAUCUAAAAGCCCCAAUUUAUUCGCGUUAGUUGAGACUUUGAGCUGCACAAGAGAUGGCGACAUUUGCCCGAUCAACAUUUUCAGCAAAAGCCUACGCAGCUUUUCGGCCGGCUUACCCUCCAUCACUGUUCCGUACCGUGCUGAACUACCACAAGCUACCCGCAUCCAGCGGCACAUUACUGGAUCUUGGGUGCGGCCAUGGCCUUAUCGCGCGUUAUCUCAGACCGCAUUUCAAAUCAGUCAUCGCGAUCGACCCGUCAGCAGGGAUGAUAACGCAAGCAAAGCAAACAACGACAGAUCCUACCAUUACGUUUCGUCAAGGUAGUGCCGAGGAUCUGGACUUCUUAUCUGAUGGUUCUGUAGACAUGGCUGUUGCGGGUCAGGCCGCGCAUUGGUUCAACUACGGUAAAGUCUGGCCGAACCUCGCCCGUGUGGUGCGUUCCGGCGGCACAGUCGCCUUCUGGGGGUAUAAGGAUAACGUGCUUAUCGGCGCCGAAGAGGCUACCGAAAUCAUGGAGCGGUUCGUCUACGGAUUCGGCGAAGUAGCGCCGGGCGUAGAAGGAAUGGGUCCGUAUUGGGAACAGCCUGGGCGUAAUAUCCUGCGCAAUCUCCUACGUAGCGUGCAGCCACCCGAAACAGACUGGGUGGACGUUACUAGGCUAGAACACGAGCCCGGCGAGGAGGGGACAGACGAGACCUGCUGGUUGAGGAAGAAGAUGAAGCUAGGUGAGGUAGAAGGCUAUGUGAAGACGUUUAGCUGCUUCAACGGCUGGAAAGAGGCUCAUCCUGAGGCGAAGAGCAGAGCGGAUGGCGGAGAUGGAGAUAUACUUGAUAUCAUGUGGGAUCGCAUGGUCGAUGCGGUACCAGAAUGGAAGGCCAUGGGAGAGCGGUGGCGGGAGGCUGAAGUUGAGAAUGAUUGGGGUACUUAUAUAUUAAUGGCUAGGCGUCGGUGAUGUACGGUAGGACCACUGGUGCUUCAAUGUCAUGAUCACAAGGAUCGGGAUGGUCUUAUAGCAUUUUGAGGAUGUUUUCUCAGCUUCAUUAUCGCCGCUCUCUUCCACGGACUAUUCGUCAAGGAUAAAGUCGAGGAUAGCCUAAAUGCUUAACAAAGUAAAGAAGUCUUUUUAAAAUAUUUGGUAAGUAUAACUACCUACCUACCCAGAUAUUGCAUGCAGUGAUACUUAGAAGGAUUAUUUGAGGCGAAUAUGCAUCUAUGCAUUGG